UCCUGAGGAGAAACCCAUUACAAGUCUGUACGUUAUCACUUUCUAAGAACUUGACUGUUUUACUUAUGUACCGAAGGUAUCAAAGAAGCUUAUUAGGGCAUUAGUUGUCCCAAGCCUGAAGGAUUGAAACUGUAAACACAUCUCUGGAAAGGCUUUGACUCAGGCCUGGGUUGAAAAGAAAAGAAGUAGGAUAAGCAGUGAUUUGUGACUAGACUCUUUUCAUAAUUUUUAUUUGGGGAUUCUCUCCUUAAUGUUUAACCACCUUAGAAAAGAGUGACAUUUUUUCUAUAUUAAAAAGGCAAAAUUGAGUGAAAAGGCGUUCUCAUCUCCUGUACAGUUCCCCAAGUGAAUCUUCCAGCACUAGGAUCCACCUGCAGCCAGUACUGGACAGGGAGAGGGGCCGCCUUGCAAGAGCUGAACCUGCAAAUCCAAACAUUGGUGAGCAGUGAGCAUUGUGCCCCCUAAGCCACCUAUUCUCUCUCGGCCAAUGAAGAACCCAGGCAGGGGUCUGAGGGCUGUUGGGAGGAUCAGAGAUGAGGUUUAUGAGAAGUUCUUACAGAAAAAUCCAGCAGCUCUAGGGCAGACAGUGGAUUAGCCCGGACAGACCUGAGAACACCAAAGCAGCCUUCACUUCACAUGGGAUUCCUGGACACGUGAGAAACACACACACAGACACUCCAGGGCUGGGAGAGGAGGGCGGUGGUCCGCCACUUUGCUGAACAGCUGGAGGGUGAGAAAGUUCUAUACCCAUGAAUCAGCCUCCUGUAGUUCCAAUGCUUGUUCUUCAUGACCCCUGCAGCCAAGCCAUGAGGUGGGCCCUCCUCGCCAAAAAAGGCUACCAGGAGCAGGACCUGGACCCCCAGAUUUCUGUCAUCACCAAACUCAAAGGUGUUUCUGUAACCCAGAUCAAGGAGCUGGGGAACCGGCUGUGGGAUGUGGCUGACUUCGUGAAGCCGCCACAGGGAGAAAACGUGUUCUUCUUGGUGACCAAUUUCCUUGUGACGCCAGAACAAGUUCAGGGCAGAUGCCCAGAGCACCCCUCCAUCCCGCUGGCUAGCUGCUGGGCCGACCAGGACUGUCCUGAAGGGGAGACAGGGACCCACAGCCACGGCAUAAAAACGGGCCAGUGCGUAGUGUUCAACGGGACCCACAGGACCUGUGAGAUCCGGGGCUGGUGCCCAGUGGAGAGUGGUGCUGUGCCCGUGAAGCCCCUGCUGGUCCAGGCCGAGAACUUCACGCUGUUCAUCAAAAACACCGUCACCUUCAGCAAGUUUAACUUCUCCAAGUCCAAUGCCUUGGACACCCAGGACCCAACAUAUUUCAAGCGCUGCCGCUACGACCCGCGCUCCAGCCCCUCCUGCCCUGUGUUCCGUAUCGGGGACCUCGUGGCCGCAGCUGGAGGGGUCUUUGAGGACCUGGCACUGCUGGGCGGUGCCAUGGGCGUCCACGUCCACUGGAACUGCGACCUGGACUCCAGGGGCUCUGACUGCUGGCCCCACUACUCUUUCCAGCUGCAGGAGUGGACCUACAACUUCAGGACGGCCACUCACUGGUGGGAGGCCUCGGGUGUGGAGGCCCGGAGUCUGCUAAAGCUCUACGGGAUCCGUUUUGACAUCCUCGUCACUGGGCGGGCAGGGAAGUUCGGGCUCAUCCCCACAUUCAUCACUCUGGGCACAGGAGCAGCUUGGCUGGGCGUGAUCACCUUCCUCUGUGACCUGCUGCUGUUGUACGUGGAUGGAGAAGCUCAUUUCUACUGGAGGACCAAGUAUGAGGAGGCAAAAGCUCCAAAGGUGACUGCCAGCCCUGAGCAGACAAAACCGGCAUCUGCACCCCUGUACCUGGCUGCCCAGGCUCCUUAGAGGGGGCCCAGCGCCUGUACCAACGGCCAGGGCUGCUACCAGGAGCUGGACACCAAAGCCUUGGCCCUGGCCCCCGCUUGCUGGCCCAUUCCUGAGGCCUGUUCCCUGCUGUCGGGGGUCGGGGCUGGGAAGGGAGGGGCCUCGCCUUGGGAACCUCAUGGAUGGAGCCCCAGCAGGACCAGGGCAGGGAGUGGGAGAAUUCCAUCCUUAAACUCCCAGGCACACUGUCCCUACCCUGACUCUGGCCUCGGCAGGGUGCUGCCCAGGGAGCAGCAAAAGCCGCUAUUGCACAGAGACCUGCAGCGGAACAUGUCCCAGGGCGCUGGUCACAAGGGCUCCAGCUGUGUCUGGAGAACUCUCUCCCAGCUCUGUCACCAGGGCUUCCAGCAGCGGCCACUCACCAGUGGUCAGCACAGACCCUCCACUGGCCGUGCAGACUCCAGCCCUCUCCCCCGGCAGCACCCCCAUUGUAGGUAGAGCCCCCACCCUCUCAGCGCUGUUCCAGGGUCUGUGCUGCCAUAGUCUAGAGCAGGGUAGAAAGAGGUCUGACAAGAGGGCUGUCUCUGCUGCUCUGGUGCUGGGUGCCUGGGGCUCGUCCCCACCCAGUCUGGGGAGUCAUCCAUGGAAUUCAUAUUGGGGCAGGCAGAUGACCCAACCCACUAGGACCCGGCAAUGGCGCAUGCACCAGCCCUUCCCGGUGGUGGCCCUCAGACUGUGGAGGGCUGGGAUUGGGAGAAGAGGAUGGAGAAGCUGAGCCAGUGGUCACUGGGUCCUUUGGGACCAUCUGUGUGCUCCUUGGUGACACCCAGCCCAACCUCCUGGAACUUGUGGGGGUGGGGAGAAUGUAUAUCUGGAAUUCACUGCUACCCAAGGUCACACACCUAAGAACCAGCCCGAGGCAACUGCUCGAAUGAGGCCCUGUCCUUCCCUUCGAGUGGAGCCCAGUGGCCAGAAGGAAUGCCCCAAACAAAUUCCAGAGGCCCCGGCAGGCUGGCCUGGAUCUGGCUGUGACAUCCUCACAGGGUCUGAGUCCUGCCCGCUGGAGAACUCCCCAUGCGGCAGGGAGCCUACAGCUGGGAGGGAGGUACUGGCUGCAGGGGUCUGACCCUGUCUUGGCUCCAGGGCAGCGGCAGGGGUUUGGGAGGGCCCACCUGGGAGGCGAGGGGCUGCUUUCUCACGGGGCCCGGUGACCAGGCAUGCUGGCCGCUUGCCAGGGCAGUGACAUGGGCCAGCUGGGGAGGGCAGGGUUGGGGUUCAGGCUGGGCUAGCAUCUGGAACCAUCUGGCAUCUGGAGCCUCAGCAAAGCCUUGGGGUCCCUGCUGCCUCUCAAUCCCCAGAGCAGUGUCCCUGGGGAGGCAGGCCACAAAGGUCAGGGUGAGAGAACAUGGCCCUGAGGUCUUUACCGGGGCGGGGUCCCAUGUACGGGGCCCAAAGAAAGCUGAUGUAUGGCUUCAGGGUCCGGGAGUAAAGCCUGUCAACAGCA